UUAAAUGUCAGAGGAUCGCAUAUUUGUUUUUUGUUUCAUAUAGUAUGUGCUUGUAAUCACGGCAAAAAAGUCAACGCUGGUUCUUAAAGUGCAAUUAUUUAAAGAGUAAAAAAAGUUGCAAAUAAUCGUCUAAAAUGCAAUUUGUUAAAUCGUUCAAGGUAAUAGCUUUAAAUGUUUUGAAUGGAGCCUAUAACAAGAGGCAAGUACACUGCACUAUUAAGCUACAGCAACGAUUAUCGCUAACACUGCAUACUCCAAGAAGACGACAUGCAGUACUGGAACUAAAUCCUUGCCGACAGGAAAAACAUAAAUCAAUGCAGACAAACCAGAAUGUUGACCCUGAUUUGAAUGAAGCUGAACAUUGUAUUGCGGAGUCGGAGCUGGAGGAAAUAGAAGCUAAUCUUUUCAAUAACCACCAGCAACUGGAAAGCUUUCAAAUGAAGAAACAAAACAACAAUAAGUCUUCAAAGUUAAAUGAAGAAAAGCGAAAACAUUCGAAAAAACUAAAAAAAAUCAAAGUUUUUGGUGAAAAUGAUUUAGACAUUUGGAUGGCUUUAAAACCAUAUUGUAGCGAUGAGAAAUCAGUUGAACUUUAUGACGAUAAACGAAAGUUCAAAUAUCUGAGGCUAACGCAACAUAACUCUCUGUUUCGAGAUCUGCGACUUCUCAUUUCGUCUCGAAUACGGAGGGAACUGGGGAACCAAUUAGUGCUUGAAGGCAAACGUUUAAUGCUGGAUGGGUUAAAUGCUGGAUUACAGCCUAAUACCAUAUUAUUCAGUGAUUUUAAUAUUUUGGAUAAUAUUAAUGUUAAUGAUCCGUCUGUGAAGUUCAUUCAACUCAAGCGCCAUUUACUGCAGGAGCUGUCGGACCUGGUGACUAGUCCUGGUAUCAUAGGUAUCUUUGUCAAGCCGAGUAAUAUGGACGAGGUAAUGAACCGCAACAGAACAGCUCCAGCGCUUCCAAUUACAGUUGUCUGUGAUAACAUACGCGAACCCAAUAAUCUUGGCAGUAUUAUAAGAAGUUGUGCUUCAAUACCAGUUAAUAAGAUUGUUCUUCUGAAAGGCUGCACUCAGCCGUGGGAUUCGAAGUGCCUAAGAGGUGGCGCAGGGGCCCAUUUCCGCACGAGCAUCAUUGGACCACUGACAAUAGACGAAUUGGCAAAAAUCGUUCCACCACAUGUUUCUUUUCUUGUAGCAGACAAUACAACCCAAAGUAAAGACGAAAGAUUUGUGUUUAGACGAUAUGAUGCUGCUAAUUAUUGUAACAUGAAACACAUGGUGCUGGUUAUUGGCGGAGAAACACACGGGAUCAGCAGUGAUGUGAGAAGUUUCAUAGCCAAUUUCUCUAGGAAUUCAUCAGAUUAUGAAGUCAUCAAUUACAGUAUCAACAUUCCUUUAGAAAACGGUAUUGAAAGUUUAAACACCGCAACAGCUGUUUCCGUCAUUCUCUGCGAAAUUAGACGUCAACUGAGUGUGGCAGAGCAGCAACGGUUAAUCUAAAUGCUUUCGAAACGAUCAAUGAGAAAAUACAUAAAUCCAUUUGGAGCUGUGGUUGUGAUUCAUCGCUUGAAAGUUAAUUGUUUUGUUUAUUUGUGAAAGUUAGAUCGCAACGCAGUGGCACGAUGUAUGUCAAAAUCCCAAAAACCGAUGGUUUUGUAUUCCUUUUAGGAAUAUUUAUUUUAUUUUUCUCUGAGUUUGUGAUUUUGUUUUCUUAAGUUUAACUAGUUUUUUUUUGUAACUUUAUUUGUAUCUUAUGUAUUUACCGCUAUCCAAGUAACUUCCUUGACCUGAUUCAAAGUCUGUACUAACAGGUUAUCGUGCUCAAUAAAAUUACAAAUUACAAAUUACAAAUUUAAAGCAUUUGGAUUAAUCUCACUUCGAACAUAUCACUGAGCGUAAAAGCGGCAAAUGGUUUAACAAGUAAUUUAUGAUGUUCUGGGAGGCCUAGAAUCGAAAUAAUUACACAUCUAUUCGCUUUCGACCCAAUCAGAGCAGAACAUAUGCGAGGAGUUGGUUUGUAUUUUGUUCACACUAAAUAAAUCUAAUAUA